AUGGAUACUGUUCCUGUUCCAGAUUCCCUGGUGCCGAUCAUAGCAGCACUUCACAAUGUAUUUGUUCAGCUGCAGCGGCAGCGUCUUGAGGGCUGGACUGCCUCACUGGAUAACUCUCUGAGCUCGUGGAGCGAGCUGUACAGGAGGCAGGCGGCGCCGCUCGGCGACGCCCUUGUCGAUCGAAUCUGGGGCCUGGUUUCGUCUGUUUUGCAGAUACUUGAAAACAACGGGUCUUCAAAUGUGAACGCGAGCACCGCAGUAGUUGAGUGGUAUUGGGACCAUAUGUUAGACAAGGCCUACAUCAAGGAUAAAAUUAUGGAGCUUCGAGAGGCAGUGUUUGAUGAUCUUUCCGAUAAUGAAAUCGAGGAAGUCGGAAUGUUUUACUUGGACAUGAUCGAGAGGGUCUUUUUUUCCGGGAAGUUUCUAGCCGCAUCUUCUUUAAUCGAGGCCCUUAUGGGUGUGCUUCGUGGGUAUGGCGAAGACGACAGCAAAAAUCCUUUUUCGGUAGAAGUCGAAGAGUGCAUGGCAGAUGUUCGGCGACUUUUGUCUGUAUCCUUUAGUGAUCCGGAUAGCUUUGAAAUGUGGCGAGAGGAUGCCAACCGCCAGGUGUACGCGGCGCGCCGCGUACUGGGGGAUGCUGAUCCCAACACAGAGCUAUCUUCACGCAAGUUGGUUGCACAAAGCUUGUGUGCUAUCUCGUUAAAUAUGCUCAUGAUCAUCAGUGGUGAUUCGCAACUAAUGCAGGAGCGCUGCAUUGAACAUGACUACACCUUUUCAGACUACAUUACCGCACUGUGUGCCAUCAUAAAGCCAUUUUGGACCUUAUCUGAGCUGCGUGAUGCGCUUGAAACGUUAGAAGACACCUGGCAAAUGAAGGGCUCUGAAGUGGAGUGGGACUACGUGAUUAUGCGCGAACUUUUCCACGCAGAGCAUGUUGAUGAUAUAGUGUAUGCUAUGCGGGCAAUCGGUUCGGAGGUUGUGGCUCGUGUCCCAUGGGAUCGGUUGGAGAUUGACAAUGUUGACGCCGCCACCGAAGGGGAAGUGGACGAUAAUGAAGAGUGUGAGAUUGUCAGUUUGCCACAGGCCAGUGCCUCCUCAACCCGCCACUUCGCACUGUUCUCUAUGGCUGCCCACAUAGCUGAUCUUUGUACCGUUUCUUUUGACGCAUCCCCAGAGAAAAUUGAGCUCAUGUUCGCUCGAAACGAUCUUCUGACGUCCUAUGUCAAGCUAUUUUCCUACAAUCCCUUAACGUGGAAAGUCGCGGGAACUUACUUGACGCAUUUGCCCCUUCUGAAUCCUAAGGAACUGCAUAAUCUGGUGCAGUACGCAGCCCGGUGGGCCGCCGUGGAUCAGAGUUUUUACCACAGCCUUGUUGCAUUCUGCCACACCAUGUGGGACCCCUCCAGUCCCCAUCAGGCGUUGCUGCGCCGGCAUCUCAAGGACCGGUUGGGGGAGCACCCCACUGUGCAGCAGUGGCUGGACGCGCUGGAUUUUGAGAGGGUUACCACCAUGAAGAAGGUACAUGCUGUCAUCAUCGCCAAACGAAUUGAGCUCUGUGAUAUCGUUACGGCGGCUUGGUAUGCCGUGGAGACCGAUGCCCCACACCCGCUGGAGUUCAAAUUAAAGCAGCUUCUCAGAGCCCCCACGGCUUUGACCGAUGACCAGCUAUGUUCUGUAGGCGCUGCGGUCCACAACUCCUUCAUUCAGUUGGACACCUGUGCGACAGCCGAAAUGGCGCACUCUCUGUUGGCCUGCGCGGGCCUUUUCACGUACCGCCGCGCCGCGGAAGCCUCCAGGGCCGCUCAGUCGUCUUUGCCUCAGACCCCAGCAGCGGCUCUUGAGCGCCAAAGACUCCGUGCGGAGUGCAUCGAUAAGAUUGGCAUCGCGCUUCGCCGCAUCAACGCGUGCGACUUUGCGUUUCACCCCUCCACUAUUGUAACUCUCGUUGAGCACGCCGUGGACUUACUCAUAUCAAUGCAAAAGGAGGGACUUGGGAAGGAUUUGCCGCGCUGCGCGCAGCUGGCAGGACGGGUACUGCCCUCCCUGUUGCGCGACCUCUCGACUUCAUGUGUUCAUCAUGGGCAACGUUUGUCAAAGGAGCUACUGCAUCGCUCACAUAUGGUUCGAGAAAAACUGGUGUGUACUCUAGAAAUGCUUCCAGAAUAA